AUGGACCCACUCUUCUGCUACCUCACCGUCACCACAACCCAAAACCAAGCCGUCUCCACGUACCAAAUCCCGCUCUCCCGCGCCAAACAGCUCUCGACGCAAUGCGGUUUCUUCAAAGCGCUGUACGACCAGCACCGGCCCAACUUCAACCCGGGCGCCGGGCAGCCGGUGCCCACCAUGCAGACCGCGCUGCCGUCGCCGAACACGUUCGAUGUGCUGCUGCAUUGGCUGUAUCAUCGGGAUAUGGUUGCGGUGCAUAAGGCGCUGGCGGCAGGGUUGGGGCAGGGGCAGGGUGGUGGGGCGGCGUUUGAGGCGUUUUUUGGGGUGGUGAGGAAUGCGGCGCAUUUGGGGAUUUAUGACAGUGCUGAGGAUAUCUUCUGGGAUGUGAUGGCAGCCUGGGCCGCCGACAAAUGGCUCAAAGGACUCCGCGACUGCCCCAAGUGGACCUGGACAAUCAUCCCCAUCGUCCUCGCCGCGCGCGCCGCUAUCGCCGUAGGCGGCGGGGGCGUGGGCGGCGACAUGAUGGCCAAAUGGGCUAGCGGCGACCAAAAGGUGGCCGACCGCGGGCUGGAGGAGGUCAAGAAGGUUUUAGCUCUUUAUCGUAGUGGUGGGUCCGGUGGUGCUGCUUCUGGUGGCGGACAGACAGCCCGCCCCCCCGCUCAGAACGGCGGUCGACCCCCGCAACAACAGCAACAGCAGCAAAGUUACGACGACGACGACGACGUGACCGUUUUUGGAGACGAAGACGACGGCGAGGAUCUGGGCGGGUUUAUGGUGUACGAGCCUGCGCCGGAGCUGAUGGGUCCCUUGGCGGAUGAUCGCCGCAAGAAGAGGAAGAAGAGGCGUGGACUGCUUACGAAGUUCAAGGAUUUGAUGGUUAAGGAGGAGCAGGUCUUACUUGCUACGGUAGUUGUUGUGAGGGAUAGUAAAGGGAGAGUGGUGGAUGAGAAGGUUAUUCGGCACAAGAAGUAA